GACGCCAUGAAGUUAGCUCUCAUUAUUACGAUAGCGAUCAUUUCAUCGGCAGUUCACGCCAAGCGAGGCCGUAUCAUAGAUGGCACCAUUGCGGAGUUGCACGAGUUCCCGUAUCAAGUGUCGUUACAGUGGAACUUUAACAAUGGCUCCCGCUCGCUGCACUUUUGCUCGGGAUCGAUCUUAAAUCGGAAAUGGAUCCUUACCGCAGCCCACUGCAUGGACAAUCUUUCCGGCGAUGGAUGGAUCGAGGUCGUGUCCGGAGUGAACAACGUUAUCGAUGAAGAACCGAGUGCGCAGCGACGGAAUGUGUCUCGUUUCAUACGGCACGAGCAGUACAAUGCGAUGACAAUUCGGAACGAUAUCGCUGUGAUUCUUCUUUCCAGUCCACUGACGUUGAACAAUGAAACUUCCACAAUAAAAUUGGCCCCAAAAGAUGCGGUCAUCUCUGAAGCGAACGGAAAACUGGCCGGUUGGGGUUCAAUCUCCAAAAAUAUGACCGACAUUUUCCCAGAUGAGCUACGGAAAGUGACCCUUCCUCUGCGUACGUUGGAGGAAUGUACGGAGAUAUGGAAUGCUGUGGAAAGAUCUCAGAUUUGUGGCGGCGGGUAUGGUAAUGUGACCGGCUGUACGGCAGACUCUGGAGGACCGCUAACGGUCGUGCAGGACAAUGGAGACCGCGUGCAAAUUGGUGUCCUCUCGUACGGAGAAAAACCAUGCCUUGCACGGCAACCGAUCGUUUUCUCGAGCGUCAUGUACUUCCACGACUGGAUCCAACAUACGAUCAAAUUUAAGCAAUUCAAAUGGUUUCCAUGAAAAAGGACUGCAAGUCUGUAAUAAAGAACCGACUACCAACACCUA